AUGUUUAUUUCUUCGGCUCCGGGUAGUUUAUAUUAUCGUUGGGAAUUUAAAUAUGUUAAUCUAAAAUUAGAAAUUAAGACUACGGGGGCUUUUGAGCCAAGUUUUACCUUGGGAAGGGCUAUGCGUAGUUUAAGUGUUAGUGUUUUGGGAACUGGGGGGGUCGAUAGCACCACCGAACAAGAGCAGCAAACUGAAAGAAUGUUUAAAUCUACUUUUCGAGACUUUCAAGGAAAAACUAUUGAACCAGCUAUUUUUAACAGCAACACCAUUGAUUUUAAUUAUAGUUUAGGAGAAUUUUUUAAUCGGUUAACUAAUCCUAUAUUUUUCUAUCGAGUUCAUGCUAACGGAGGUAAGUUAGAAAAACCCAAUUUUGAUUAUGAACAAUCUAACGAGUUUUUACAAAGUGCCGGGAACGCUUGGGAUAUUUAUGUGGCCGAAGAAGAAGUAACUGAAACUACGGAACAAACCUGCGAAACCUUAAUUACUGCGGACAUGACUAAUGCUGAUUAUGGGGUUGUGGACUAUAUCGGCUCCCCGGAUGCUAAUAUUUGA